AUGGCUUCUUCGUCUCAACGUUCAGUGAAGAACUAUUUUACGAAAGUACCGAAAUCAAGUGUAGCUUCUUCUAGUCAACCUAACCAGGAAGCAAAUGCCAACCAUUCAGAAGUACCAUUACCUUCUUCUCAGCAUGAGUAUCCUCAAACGAAUAUUUCUGGAUCAAUGCGCCGUUUUAAUUCUGAAUGGUUUGAUGAUGUAUAUCAUGAUUGGUUGGAGUAUAGUGUUAGUAAAGAUGCAGUCUAUUGUUUGUAUUGUUAUCUAUUUAAAGGCUACAACACCAAUCAAGGUGGGGGUGAAAUAUUUUCAACUGUUGGGUUUAAGAGUUGGCAGAAAAAAAAGAAUCUUGGAAAACAUAUUGGUCUACCGAACAACCCACAUAACCAGUCAAAAAAGAAAUGUCAAGAUUUAUUGCGGGUACAACAGUCUAUUCAUUUUGCACUUGAGAUGCAAUUUAGUCAAUUUAAGCAUGCGUAUUUGGUCCGCUUAAGUGCUUCCGUUGAUGUAGUAAGACUUCUUAUAACUCAAGGAUUGGCAUUUCGAGGUCAUGAUGAAUCUAAAUCAUCACUUAGUAGGGGUAAUUUUCUUCAAAUUCUCUCAUGGUAUGCGAAAAAGUGUGAUAAUAUUCGUGAUUAUGUACUGGAACAUGCUCCUCAAAAUGAUCAAAUGACUUCUCCAAUGAUUCAAAAAGAUAUUGUGAGUGCUUGUAAGAUAGAAACAAUUAAAGCUAUUCUUGAGGAAUUAAAUGGUGACUACUUUUCUUUACUAGUUGAUGAGUCUUUUGAUGUAUCACGCAAGGAGCAAAUGGCUAUUGUCUUACGAUAUAUUGAUAGAAAUGGAUUUGUGAUGGAGCGGCUUCUUGACAUUGUUCAUGUUCAAGAUACUAGUGCUUUAUCUCUAAAGAGGGCAAUUGUUAAUUUACUUGCUCAACAUUCCUUAAGUCUAUCAUAUGUGCGUGGACAAUGUUACGAUGGGGCAAGCAAUAUGCAAGGUGAGAUCAAUGGCCUUAAAAUGUUGAUUAGGCAAGAAAGUAGAUCAGCCCAUUCCAUUCAUUGUUUUGCUCAUCAACUUCAACUAACUCUUGUUGCGGUCUCGAAAAAAUGUAUUGAAGUGGGAAAACUUGUAGUGCUGGUUUCAAAUAUUUUGAAUGUAUUGGGAUCUUCUUUUAAGCGUAUGGAUGAAUUUCGAGAUUCUCAAAAAGAAAGAAUUCAAGAGGCACUAGAUUUGGGUGAGCUUACAACCGGUAGUGGCUUGAAUCAAGAACUUGGUCUUUCAAGAGCUUGUGAUACGCGUUGGGGAUCUCAUUUUAAAUCUUUCAACAAUUUUAUUCUUAUGUUUGGCUCUAUUCUUAAUGUUCUUGAAUCACUUGUUCUUGAUGCACGAUUAUUGGAUGAAAGAGCCAAGGCAAUGGGAUAUCUUGAAGCUUGUCGAACAUAUGAGGUUGCGUUCAUGUUGCAUUUGAUGAGUGAUGUUUUAGCAAUCACAAAUGAGCUUAAUAAAUGCUUACAAAAAAAGGAGCAAGAUUUGGCAAAUGCCAUGUUACUUGUUGAAGUAGCAAAAAUAAGGUUGCAAGCAUAUAGGGAUGAAGAAUGGGAUUCUCUUAUUGCUAGGGUGUCUUUGUUUUGUAUCAAGCAUGAAAUUUUGACUGAUUUAGGGUUUGAGUUUGAGAGGAGAGGGGACAAAGGCGUGGGGAACAGGGGUAACGUGGGUGUCAGAGGCGUGGGUGGAGACGAAGUUAAGUGGAAUGUGUCAGACGAGUGGGGAGCAGAGGUGGAGUGA